AAGAGAGAGCGGUGACUGUUUCAAGAUCCCCCAUUAGAAAAUGUGCCUGAUUUGUGGCCAAUGCUUUGGGAUGUAGAAAACUGAAGGGGUAGCUAUGGAGAUAGAGAGAGCAUUGCUGGCUGCUUCCUCUGACAGGUGUUGAGUAGGAAAGUCUCACACAAGCAUGUAUGCCAAAGGGAAAGGAUCCACUGUCCCCUCUGAUAGCCAGGCCAGGGAAAAGUUAGCUUUAUAUGUGUAUGAAUAUUUACUGCAUGUAGGAGCUCAGAAAUCUGCACAGACAUUCCUGUCAGAGAUACGAUGGGAGAAAAAUAUCACAUUAGGAGAACCUCCUGGGUUUUUACACUCUUGGUGGUGUGUAUUCUGGGAUCUGUACUGUGCUGCCCCCGACAGACGUGAAACAUGUGAGCACUCCAGUGAAGCCAAGGCGUUCCAUGAUUAUAGCGCGGCUGCUGCUCCCAGUCCAGUGAUGGGUAACAUGCCUCCCAAUGAUGGAAUGCCAGGUGGACCCAUGCCUCCAGGAUUCUUUCAGGGACCUCCAGGCUCUCAGCCAUCACCUCACGCGCAGCCUCCUCCGCACAACCCCAACAACCCUAUGAUGGGUCCUCACAGUCAGCCCUUUAUGUCCCCACGGUAUCCAGGUGGCCCAAGACCUUCCCUCAGAAUGCCAAAUCAGCCUCCUGUUGGGGUUCCAGGUUCACAGCCUUUGUUGCCAAACUCUAUGGAUCCGACUCGACCACAGGGACAUCCAAACAUGGGAGGCCCUAUGCAGAGAAUGAACCCACCACGGGGCAUGGGAGCAAUGGGGCCACAGAAUUAUGGCAGUGGUAUGAGGCCUCCUCCAAACUCAUUAGGUGGCCCUGGCAUGCCUGGGAUGAAUAUGGGUCCAGGAGGAAGGGGUCCCUGGCCAAAUCCAAAUGCUAACUCGAUAGCAUAUUCAUCAUCCUCACCAGGAAACUAUGUGGGUCCCCCGGGAGGUGGAGGUCCUCCAGGAACCCCUAUCAUGCCAAGCCCUGGAGACUCUACAAAUUCUAGUGAAAACAUGUACACUAUGAUGAACCCUAUUGGACCUGGCGGGAGUAGACCUAACUUCCCAAUGGGUCCUGGCCCUGAUGGUCCCAUGGGAGGAAUGGGAGCCAUGGAACCUCAUCAUAUGAAUGGAUCUCUAGGCUCCGGGGACAUGGAUGUGUUGCCAAAGAACUCUCCAAAUAAUAUGGCAGGGAUGAAUAACCCUCCGGGGACACCUCGAGAUGACGGAGAGAUGGCUGGGAACUUUUUGAACCCCUUCCAAAAUGAAAGCUAUUCUCCCAGCAUGACCAUGAGCGUGUGAUACCCCCCCCCCACGGCUGCCAUUGGAAUGAGUGUUCUCAAGGCCUCAUCACUGGAAGGCUGCCAGUGCCCCCGGAAGUGAGGAUUUACAAAUGAAUUUUGCAAAAUUGUAUAUUUAGAAGCAGGAAAGCACCCAUUCUACAGGUUCCUUGCAUCCUUUUCAAAGACAACAAAAAGAUAAAUGACUGGAUUGCAUUUCUGCAAUGACUUUUAACCACAAUGUGCGCUGGUGGGAGGAUUCAGGAUUCACCUCUGGAAAACUCUCCUUUAUUUCUAGAAAAACAUGAUCUGAAGACACGGGAUAACCCUCACCUGGACCUUCUAAUGCAGCUUGUGGGACUUGCAUUCAAAUUCACUGAUGUAUUUGUUGGUAACAAAUAGAGCUUUUUUUUUUAAUGCCCAUGGGGACGGUCUCUGGUAGUGAAUGGGUUAAAGCAGCCAUUAAUGGAGAUUCAUUUUGUUUUUCCUUUUUCACAACAAUCUUUCUAAAACUGGGGCUGCUCACCAAGCACUCCUUCAAAGAAGCCAUGGCACCCAAUGCGCCUCCCAAGAGAACAAAAUGGCAGCUCCCACACCCGUUUUGGUUAUGCCACUUUUUUCAGGACUGCAAGCUAUAAUAUAAUAAGGAAAUCAUCGUACUGGAUUUCUAUGGGAUGGUGGUACCAUUAUUGUUCAUACAGCAGCCUUUGAGAAUACAGCUCAUCAGUUACAAUUUUCUAAGCAUUUCUCCCACAUUCUGUAUAGUUCUUGCUCUUUUCUCUCUUAUAUUCUCAUUGCAUUGCUUUCGAAGGGAAAAUGACCUGGUGAUCACCUUUAUUCGUUUUUGUUCCACUCGGAAAAGAAGUGCUGCUUAGAAGAAACAUGGAUGGCACCACCAAUAGCAUAAGAACUAUUACAAUUGGAGAAUACAGCAUCUCAUUGGUUAACCACAUGGGACAGUUUUUGCCAUAAGUAUUCUAGAUUUGCUCUCUGGGAACCUUCUUGUCUAAUAUCUUUUCCAUCCAGUUUUUAGCUAUAAAAAUCACUUUCCCAGGUUUGCAGAACAUUGGAGACUCUUCCAGGAAACCAAAAAAACACAACAUGCAUAACCAUAUAUAAACACAUACCUACCUACAUACACACAUGUAUAUGUAACAUACUUCUGUGAUGAUUAGGAGGGGGCAGAGAAAAUCACACAUUAUCUAUAUGAGUGCACAUUUAGGUAAUUGGACUUCCCCCUAUAUUACAGAAUGCUUUGAAAAUGCAUUCAUCAGAGUAUAUUAGUAGUUCUAAUGGCAUUUACCCUUGAUCUUUGUGACAUGUACAUGUUAGACUUGUGUAUGGUCAGUAAGAUAUGUUUCAUACCAGGACAUCAACAAACUUGGUUCUAAGAAAGGUGACAAGGUCUUGACAUCAUAAAGAUCCACCAUAAAUGUCUGUAGACAGUAAUUCAGAAUCUAGUCGGAGAGGUAAUAAAGGUCACUUUGCACCAUGUUUAGUAACCCAUUGCAGCCAAUCACAUGAAGCAUUUACUGUGUGCAUGAAAGCAUCUGAUUGGUUACUGGGCCUGGUGCAUUUUAUUACAUUAUUGAUAGUAUGAAUAUACUUUCCCCUUCUGUUUCACAUUUAAAAGAAAUGCCCUCAACACUUUGCAAAUUCAGUACACUUCCACUAACACAUCAGGCUGGAAACGACCCGUAAUACAUUCUGCAACAGAUUAACCCCUCAGAUCCCAGCGACUUCAACCUGCAGCUCCUAAGAUUUUUGAUUGCAGUAGUCAACGUUUGAAAUAAUAGUGGUCCAACAAAGCAAUAUUCACAUACAGUGCUUAAUGAAACAGCAAUAUUUAAAUUGAUAGUAACUAUAAGGUGUUGUUCAAUAGGUGAAAAAUGUUAUUUCCUAUGAAAGUGAUUUGGUUUUGGCCAAUUGCUUUUAUGUAAGGCAAAGAGAUUCUUCCUACAGACUCCAGAUGUUUUAUAAGUACAUCUUCCCAGCAUCAGAGGGCACUAGGAGAAACAGUAGGGACAGCCUUUGAAGAAUGGCAGGGUGCUGCACAUAGUAGGGUUUGGUUUGAACCAGUAAAGCCCAGAACAUGGCCGCCAUCAAGAAAUCUAUUGGCCCCAGGCACUCCCUCCUCAAUGGGCUCUUGUUAUGAGGUUAUGAUGUGUGCAAGCUUUCAUUGGUUUUCUAUAGGAUUAAUAUGCUAUUAUGGUAUGUGAUUAAGGGGCAGAUUUAUCAAUCCCCAAACUGGGGAAUACAAGGGAGUGUUUCUCAGCUCCAGCCGUCUGGGACCAUCUUUGUUAUUCACUUAUACCAGUGGUCCCCAACCUCAUUUCAAAAGUAAAAAGAGUAGGGGAGCAACACAAGCAUGAAAAAAGUCAUUGGGAUGUCAAAUAAGCGUUCUAAUUGACUAUUUGGUAGUUCCUAUGUGGACUGGGAGCCUACAGGAGGCUCUAUUUGGCAGUACACAUAGUUUUUAUGCCUCUAAAACUUGCCUGGAAUUCAAAAAUAAGCUCCUGCUUUGAGACCACUGGGAGCAACAUCCAAGGGGUUGGAGAGCAACAUGUUACUCACGGGAUAUUGGUUGGGGAUCACUGACUUAUACAGAUCAAUGUUUUUCCUCCUUCAGCAGUGAGACAUAUACAGAACUCACCAUACCAUAAUACAAAUUCUGAUACUCAAAACUGCCAUUUUCUGAUGGAGUUAACACUAUAUACGUGUCCCAAACAGCAUUUUAUUUUGCUGUUGUAUCUGUGAGCCACCUAUUGCUACCCCCACUACUAAAAAAAAUCUCACUUGCAUAUGAGCAACACUUUGGGGCAGAUUUAUUAAGGGUCAAAUUGAAAAUUCAAAUUAUAAAUUGUUUUUGUAGUCAAAAACGGCAAAUUCAACUAGGGAAUUAUCCAAACUAGAUUCAAGUUUUUCCAAAAAAAAAUUAAUUUGCUUUUCUAGAUUUAUCAUACUAUGGCCCUUUAAGAAUUUGACUAAAACCUGCCGAAUUGCUGUAUAAGUCAACGUUAGAGUUCCAGUGACCAAUGUUGAGUUUUUAAAAUUCGAUUUUAUUAAUACAUUUCCCCCAGUCAAUUUCGAAUUCAGUCGAAUUUAAGGGAGUUUAAAAAAACUCACAUCAAUUCGAAAUUCGACCCUUGAUAAAUGUGCCUCCCCAUAUAAACGACUUGCAUUUUGUCAGAGAAACAACAGUCUUGUAUAUCUUUAUUUCUCUAAAGGAAGGGAGAUUUUCUGCUACAGAUGUAGGUUUGUACCCCCGGCAAUAAUAAAACAACAGUAAUCUUGGUCAAAAUCAAAGUUUGCAUUGUACUAUUUGCCAUUAGAUUUUUUUUCAUUAUGUUUGAUCACUGAAUGACCACCUUUAUUCAUUUAUAGAGAACAAAAAAAAAAGACCAUAAAUUCAGAUGGGGGCUUUAGGAUAGCAGGCUUGGUUUGA